AUGUCACAAUUUAAACAGAACAUAAGUGAUUUUAACAAUAGUAAAGAGAUUAAACUAUGUUUAUGUAAUGUUAGAAAUAGUCAUCACAAAUCAUCAUCAUCAUCAUCAUCAUCAUCAUCAUCAUCAUCAUCAUCAUCAUCAUCAUCAUCAUCAUCAUCAUCAUCAUCAUCAUCAUCAUCAUCAUCAUCAUCAUCAUCAUCAUCAUCAUCAUCAUCAUCAUCAUCAUCAUCAUCAUCAUCAUCAUCAUCAUCAUCAUCAUCAUCAUCAUCAUCAUCAUCAUCAUCAUCAUCAUCAUCAUCAUCAUCAUCAUCAUCAUCAUCAUCAUCAUCAUCAUCAUCAUCAUCAUCAUCAUCAUCAUCAUCAUCAUCAUCAUCAUCAUCAUCAUCAUCAUCAUCAUCAUCAUCAUCAUCAUCAAGCCUUCUGAAGAAACUAAUUGUUAUGUCUGAAUAA